UCCCGAGUAUUUGAUAUUUGAAAAAGCGUUCGAUAGAACGCUUGCUAACAAGCCUAAACUCGCGAGCGAUGAGCAAUGUCGAUCGCUGCAAUGAAAUUGUUCGACGGUCGUAAGAUUAUUCCGUGGCAUGGAGAAACACAUUUCCGUUGCGCGCAACAUCCGCCCGAAUUUUGAUUCCAUGUUACUUUACACCCUGUAUUAAUUCCAUUGGAUGUAACACGAAACGAAAAUGGAUUCGACAGGAGCUACUUGUGCAUGUCGUCGCAAAUACGCGUGACCGUACACGACGACGGGGACGAUGCGCGACCGACGGAGGAUCAUCGUUAGUAAGCAUCGUGUAACAUUAACUUCAAAUGCAUCGAGCUCGGAAACCUAUCGGCUCGACUAUGACAAGAGUUGGUUGGCGAACUGUGGCAAACUUAUGGCCAGAGCUGCUACUGACUCCAAGUAUAUAAAUGUUGACAAACAAUUUGAAGCAACAGCGAAAAAGAUUAUUUAGCACGAUUUACGUUGCGCGUCGAACAUUAUCUGUAUCGUCUGUUUGAAAGCACGGCUCAUCGAAUCAUUUAUGAAGAAUCGGGAAUUACUGUCGUAUAGUGUUGUGUUAUGGAGAGCGAACAACGAUAUUAUGAAUUACGAAGCGGAAGCAGAUCUCGUUCUCAAACUCCUUCGGUUCAGGCCCAUGCCUUAAUAGAAGCAGAGAUCGCAGAACAUCAUUAUGAUUUAAGAAAUCGUAGUAGAGAGAGAUCCGGCACGCCUGGAGAAAUUAUAAGCAGUAAAAAGUCUGCAUACAGAAUGUUAUCCGGUACCGGCGGCAAGCUGCACGAUCAAAGUAUGGAAACGAUAAUGGAAAGGAAAGGAGUGGUGCCUUUGGAUACUUUGUCCGAAAACCAUAACAAGAGGCAAGAAAAUUCAUCUACGGGUAUUAAAAAAGCAGAGAGACGAUCGGAACGACAAAAAGCAAAAAGAGAAAUACUCGAAAAUGGUCAGAAUGAGAAAAAGGAUGACUCGUUCUAUGGAAAGUACGAGAUAGAAGAUAAAAAUAUUUCUGCGCAUAGGACGAUAACUAGCGAUUACUCUUCAGAGGAAGGAGAAAAAGAGGAUGUAACCAACAGACCGAGCACAGCGCACGAAAUUUAUAAGCAAGCCGGUGAUUGGUGGAAUGUGUUUCCAAAGACAGAUUAUACGUAUUCUGAAAAAUCUCAGUGCCGUUACGAAAUCGCACCGGGUAUAUUAGCAAUGCCCAAUAUGUCUCGGCGUUCCAUACACUCGGAUGGAGAAACGUUCGAUCAGGUGUCGCAUCAAUCAGGUGAUCCAUCGGUGAGCGUGACGCGCGAGGCAGUGAAUUUCGAAGACAAUGCGAAAGUAAACGCAGAAAAUUCUACGUGUACCAGUGUUUACGGAGAAUCGAAGAUUAGGUAUACAAAGACGCACGUGGAACGACAUCGUUCUCAGAAAGAAAUGUCUUAUACCGUUCCUAGGGGGUCGACGAAUUCUCGAUCAAGACAAUUUCUGCGUUCCGAUUCGCUAGCGGAACACGUUGGACAUGCAUUCCGGAAGUGGGAUACCACACCCUCUGUUGACUCUGAUACAGAAUUGGACUGUGCGGUAUCAAUGUCCAGCAGAAGCGAGAAAGGAAAACUGUCGCAACGUUUCGGAAAUUUCACGUCGAUCAUUGUUUCGUGGUUUAACAGCCUGUUUGAAUUUUUAAAGCUGAAAACAGUCAGAAGAAGGGACUAUCGCGGUCGUUACGAUUAUUCGAAACACGAAUCCAGAUGGUACAAAGUAUGGCAGUAUAUUGACUGUUGCUUGCAGUAUGUUUAUAUGUUUAUGGUUAAAGUAUUCUUCUUCGAUUCGUGGCUGUUGAGCAGAGUUUCGAGCGUUCGAAAAUGGAUGCAGCAAAGAAGUCCUAAAGUCCUUUGGAUCGCCUUACUGCCGUUGCUUUUUCUAACGGGUAGCUGGUGUUUACCAUACUUUUCAACGUCGUUUCAAUGGACCGAUCACGCGAUCGUCGAACAAUCCCGAGACCGUCACUGGUCUCUGCCGCAAUUAUUUCUGAUGGACGAACGAUCCUUUCCCAACGGAGAAGCUUCCGCGGAAGCGAAACACUUCAAGACGUUGGCCGAAAAGUUACACGCUAGAAUCAGCAAACUGGAGGAUCAAACUAUCGAACAAGCGAGUCUUCUUUUGAACGUGAACGGAACGCUGGAGAAACUGAAGGACGAUGAUUUCGUUUGGUCGAAAUUUCAUAAUAAGAUGCUGUCGCUGCAGAAAACCAUAGAAGAUCGCGGCCUAGUCGACGCGUACGCGCAGGAAAUCGAAGCAAUGAAACUGCAGUUGAACGCGUUAAAGGAGCUCUAUUCGGAGGUAAAGUUGUGCUGCAAUACCCGUGCGAAUCUCGUCGGUGAGGAUAAUCUGGAGAAACGCGUCGAAACGAUCCUAGCCGAAUAUUUUCAUGUGCCGAUAUCGAAGAAAGAUUCGACGAAAGCAAUCCGAGACGCGGCGGCAGUUACGGCUGACGGGUACAAUUCGGAUACGGCAAGAGAGGGAUCGUCCGUCGCGAGUGACGAGCGCGUUCGUGAAAUAGUCAAGGAUGCGUUGAGGACCUACGACGCGGACAAAACGGGUCGCGUAGACUACGCUCUGGAAUCGGCAGGUGGCCAGAUCAUCAGCAUACGUUGCACGCAAAAGUACGAUAGGAAAACGAGAGCUGUGAAAUUUCUGGCAUUCAUGGUUUAUCAAGAGAAUAACAAUCCUCGGACGGUUAUACAAGGAAACCCGAUACAACCAGGCGUUUGCUGGGCGUUUCAAGGAUUCCCGGGAUACCUGUUGAUUAAACUGCGUAGUUCGAUUUACGUUACUGGAUUCACAGUCGAACACGUACCCAAGUCGAUCCUACCCAACGGAGAGAUGAGGAGUGCUCCUAAGAAAUUCAACGUUUGGGGUUUCGUCAACGAAAACGACCCCGUUCCAGUGAUGUUUGGAGAUUACGAGUUCGCAGCAACGGACGACAAUUUACAAUACUUUCCCGUUCAAAACACGGCGAUCGAGACUCCGUACGAGUUUGUCGAAUUAAGAGUGAACAGCAAUCAUGGACAGCUCGAUUAUACGUGCCUGUACAGAUUUCGCGUUCAUGGAAGACCAGUAUGAAUAUCACCGACUAGAUCGAAAUUAGGAGAGUAGGCUGCUUCGUCAUCGACAUUUCUGACGCAACCGAGCGAACCGUGAUGCGAGCACGACUUUACUUACGGUCGAUACAACUCGCAGCGUUCGAAUACGUGCCUUGAAUAAUAAAUGUGUCCAUCAUUGACGAAACACGACUGACGGGGCAUAGUCGCGCGCGAGACUAAUCGUCGAACCGGUCCGGUUCACGCGAAAACGAGCAAGACGAACACGAGUUACCGUUAUCACCGAUAGCGUACGAAUCAACGGUGUCUAGUGUCGAGCAUCCGAUGUCGGCAGUAAUAACGAAUUACUCGACACGAAACGCAGCACACCUUUUCUGGUCCUUUUCUGUGCCUAUUCGCGCGCUCCUUUCUCCAAUUUUAUACGUAAGAAAGCACAAACAUGAUAACCGCGUUCUUAGACAUGUAACUACUAUUUAGGUACGAUACAAGGAAACUUGAUUUGCGUGUUUCUGUUCCGAAACAAGAUAGAUACGAACGAAUCACGCUACCACACAACUUACACGGAGGUACACUGCGUUCCAAAUAUUAUCCAAAGCUGAGUAGCGCUAAAGUUAGAAAGUUGUAAAGUUAAUGUGACAGUACAAAUUUUAAGAAGGGAAAUCUGGUCGUUGUAAUUAAGAAUUACGUUUGGAAUGUUUUUACGAUCACUGAUUCACUAUGCACAGUGUCUUUUCCCUUUCCUUUUUCCUUUUUCCUUUCUCCUUUCUCCUUUUUCCAUUUUCCUCUUUCUUUUCCUUUUCCUUUUCUUUUCCCUUCUAAUAAGUUUAACACAUUUCGUUCGUAAUAUAUUUGGCUUACGCCGUAUAUGUG